CGUCGAGACGACAACUUGUCGCGAGCAGCAAAUAUUCGUUUACCAAUUUAUUCCUACUUUCCUUUUACUUAUCGUGAUAUAAAAAUAUUCGUGCGAAAAGUGCUUACUUAAAAGUUUCCUCUAUAAUCAUAAAAACAUAUUUUUAAAGUAUUGUAAUCCAGUGUUUUAAAAGUUGAAGACUUUUGGUAACGGAAGAAUCAUUUCUUUGUGAUAAUCUAGAUCUAGUGCUUUAUUUUUUAAGGCACUACAUUAAUUCAAAUGAAGAUGAAUACUUAAAUGAUAAUGAAACACUCUUCUGCUGAACUUGUCAUUAAGUAUUAAUUUUUCAAUUUGUAAUCAAGAUGGCUGCUAGUGAGAAGUGCUAUCCUAAUUGCGACCCUUCUGUGUGGCUGCGGUCUUGUGAGGAGGAGGUGGCCAGGCCUCUGGAGGGAGAGAUCUCGGGCACCAUGCCUCCGUGGUUACGAGGCACGCUGCUUCGCAACGGCCCCGGCUCCCUCAAAGUGGGAACCAUGAGGUUUGAUCACCUCUUUGACAGCUCCGCACUCUUGCACAGGUUUGCGAUCCAUGACGGGCGCGUGACGUAUCAGUGCCGGUUCCUGCGCUCCAGCACCUUCAAGAGGAAUCAUGCAGCAGACAGAAUUGUGGUCACAGAGUUCGGAACUAAAUCUGUGCCCGAUCCGUGCCAUACUAUUUUUGACAGGGUAGCAGCGUUGUUCAAGCCAGGCGAAUCAAUGUCAGACAACGCCAUGAUCUCAGUGUAUCCCUUUGGGGACGAGAUAUACGCCUUCACAGAGGGACCUGUUAUCCACAGGAUAGAUCCAACGACUCUAGACACCAUGGAGCGUAAGAACAUGAUGGAUUGCGUCGCCCUGGUGAACCACACGUCCCAUCCUCAUGUUAUGCCUAAUGGCGAUGUUUACAACGUUGGAAUGUCGGUGGUAAAGGGACGUCUGCGGCAUGUGGUGGUCAAAUUCCCUUACACUGAGAAAGGCAAUAUGUUUGAUCGAGCGCGCAUUGUUGGGACUAUGACGCCACGUUGGGCCCUUAACCCUGCGUACAUGCAUACUUUCGGUAUAACAGAGAACUACUUCGUGAUAGUGGAGCAGCCACUAUCGGUGUCGCUGUGUGGCGUGGUCUGCAACCAGCUUACCAACUCACCUCUGGCCAGCAGUCUGCGCUGGUAUUCCGAACACGAGACGCACAUAGUCCUGAUAAGCAGGAGUGAAGGCAAGGAGGUGAAGCGGUUCUGUACUGAAGCUCUGUUCUACCUGCACAUUAUCAACGCGUUCGAGCAAGACGGCAGGCUGGUGGUGGACCUAUGUGCCUAUAAGGACGCUAAGGUCUUGGAUGCCAUGUACAUACAUGCUAUUGAGUCAAUGCAGAGCAAUGCGAACUAUGCAGAAUGGUUCCGCGGGCGGCCCAAGCGGCUGGAAGUAUCCCUGGGCGCGCCCAACCUGACCAGGUUACAGCCCAGACUGCUGGCCCACCUCGGCUGCGAGACGCCCAGGAUACAUUAUGAUCUGCUUAAUGGUCGGCCGUACAGAUACUUCUAUGCCAUCAGUUCUGAUGUAGAUUCGGAGAAUCCUGGCGCGAUAAUCAAAGUGGAUACAAUAUCCGGACAGACAACUACUUGGUCUGUCGCUGGUUGCUAUCCCAGCGAACCGAUCUUUGUUCCGGCACCUGACGCUAAGAAUGAAGAUGACGGCGUCUUACUAAGUGCAAUAGUGUGGGACAGUUCGCGUCCGUGCGCAGUGGCGCUGCUCGUGCUCGAUGCGAGAAGCUUGCAGGAAGUGGCGCGUGCGCAGUUCCGCACGCCUUCACCCGCGCCCAAGUGUCUGCACGGCUGGUUCCUGCCUGAACGGGCUUAGAUACACAUUACUGUCGCUGAUUUAGUCAAACUGUCGAUAAUUACUACAGAUCAUUCAAAUCUAUCUACUACUAUGAUGUAUCGAUUGUUCUCGCAAUAGUCAGAAGCAAUAGUAUCGAUAGUAUAGUUAAUAUUGGUUUUCGACCUAUUGAUAGCAAGAGUAAUAAUACACAUAAGUACAUUAAUUAACGCUCGAAAUCCCCAGUAGGGUGGGUAGAACCCAUAAGACGUAUUAUCAGUAGACAACUUGCAGCCAUUUUAAUUAAUAAAGUAUAAUAGUCAAUCAUAGUUUUUUUGUUGUUUUGGUUUUCCACGAAGGGCAAGGCAAAGGGAACUAUGCCCAUACAGCCUGCAUGCCUUAACCAAAGCCAACA